GGAACGGCGGAGCUGAGCCGAGCCGAGCAGAGCCGGGGGAGGCUGAGGGGCUGCGGGAAGGCGGAGCGGCUGCGGGCCCUGGAUUUCCAUGGUGUCGGGAGCCGUGUGGAUUACCCCGCCGUGAGCCGCGGAACCGGCACCCCCAGGAGACGGGCGGCACCGGAGCUGCGAGGGCUGAACCAUGUGAGGGCCAUUGCUGGGGCACAGGACACGUGUGGGGAACAAGAAGUUUGCCUUUCCCAGGAUGGAUCAGAGGAAGAGCUGGCCUCGGGUACCGGACUCCGAUGGCUGGUCAGUGGCUUUGCUCUGUCUCUUCCUGGCAUCGCUGUCCCGAAACGUGUCCAGCAACGCCUUGUUCAGCACUUUCCACUCUGAGAACAGGGACUGGACAUUCAACCACCUGACUGUCCACCAAGGCACUGGAGCAGUCUAUGUUGGAGCUAUCAACAGGGUUUACAAGCUUUCAGGUAACCUGACCAUUUUGGUGGCUCAUAAAACUGGACCUGAGGAGGACAAUAAAUCCUGCUACCCACCCCUCAUUGUCCAGCCAUGCAGCGAGAUCCUCACCCUUACCAACAAUGUCAACAAGCUGCUGAUCAUUGACUACUCUGAGAACCGGCUGCUGGCUUGUGGCAGCCUCUACCAGGGGGUCUGCAAGCUGCUGCGCCUGGAUGACCUCUUCAUCUUGGUAGAGCCCUCACACAAAAAGGAGCACUACCUCUCCAGUGUCAACAAGACAGGCACCAUGUAUGGUGUGAUCGUGCGCUCAGAAGGUGAAGAUGGGAAGCUCUUCAUUGGCACGGCAGUGGAUGGGAAGCAGGAUUAUUUCCCCACCCUCUCCAGCCGCAAACUUCCCCGGGACCCAGAGUCAUCAGCCAUGUUGGAUUAUGAACUCCACAGUGACUUUGUCUCGUCCCUUAUCAAAAUCCCCUCAGAUACCUUGGCCCUUGUUUCGCACUUUGACAUCUUCUACAUCUAUGGUUUUGCCAGUGGCAACUUUGUCUAUUUUUUGACUGUGCAGCCGGAGACCCCCGAGGGCGUCUCCAUCAACUCCGCCAGCGACCUCUUCUACACGUCUCGCAUCGUCCGUCUCUGCAAAGAUGACCCCAAGUUCCACUCCUACGUGUCUCUGCCCUUUGGCUGUGUCAAGGGGGACACCGAGUACCGCCUCCUGCAAGCAGCGUACCUCUCCAAGCCAGGAGAGGUGCUGGCCAAGGCCCUCAACAUCACGGCCCAGGAGGAUGUCCUCUUUGCCAUUUUCUCCAAGGGACAGAAGCAGUACCACCAGCCGCCCGACGACUCUGCGCUCUGCGUCUUCCCCAUUCGCGCCAUCAACGCUCAGAUCAAGGAGCGCCUGCAGUCCUGCUACCAGGGGGAGGGCAACCUGGAGCUCAACUGGCUGCUGGGGAAGGACGUCCAGUGCACCAAAGCGCCAGUCCCCAUCGAUGACAAUUUCUGUGGGCUGGACAUCAACCAGCCCCUGGGAGGCUCGACGCCAGUGGAUGGUGUGACGCUCUUCACCUCCAGCCGGGACCGCAUGACUUCAGUUGCUUCCUACGUCUACAACAGCUACAGCGUGGUGUUUGUGGGGACCAAGACUGGCAAGCUGAAGAAGAUCCGAGCAGAUGGUCCUCCGCACGGUGGAAUUCAGUAUGAAAUGGUGACAGUUUUCAAGGACGGGAGCCCAGUCCUUCGAGACAUGGCCUUCUCCAUCGAUCACAAGUACCUGUAUGUCAUGUCGGAGCGACAGGUGUCCCGGGUGCCCGUGGAGUCCUGUGAGCAGUACACGACCUGUGGGGAGUGCCUGAGCUCGGGGGACCCCCACUGCGGCUGGUGCACCCUCCACCACAUGUGCUCCCCGUGGGACAGCUGUGAGCGGGCGGACGAGCGGAACCGCUUUGCAGGCAGCAUCAGCCAGUGCAUGAGCCUCACCGUGCGGCCCAGCAGCAUCUCUGUGUCCCAGCACAGCCUCCCGCUCAGCCUGCUGGUCAGUGAUGCUCCAGACCUGGGAGCUGGGGUCACCUGCCUCUUUGGAAACCUGACGGAGGUGGAGGGGCAGGUUUCAGGCAACCAGGUUGUAUGUGUUUCACCAGCAGCAAAAGAUGUUCCUGCCAUACCUUUGGAUCAGGACUGGUUCGGCGUGGUGCUGCAGCUGAAGUCCCGGGAGACGGGGAGGACCUUUGUCAGCACCGAGUUCAAGUUUUACAACUGCAGUGCCCACCAGCUGUGCCUGUCCUGUGUGAACAGCGCUUUCCGCUGCCACUGGUGCAAGUACCGCAACCUCUGCACCCACGACCCCACCACCUGCUCCUUUCAGGAGGGACGGAUCAACGUCUCUGAGGACUGUCCCCAGCUCUUUCCCACAGAGGAGAUCCUGAUCCCGGUGGGAGAGGUGAAACCCAUCACGCUGAAGGCAAGGAACCUGCCCCAGCCACAGUCGGGGCAGCGCGGGUACGAGUGUGUCCUCAACAUCCAGGGAGUCAUCCACCGCGUGCCCGCCCUGCGCUUCAACAGCUCCAGCGUCCAGUGCCAGAACAGCUCGUAUCUCUAUGAUGGGAUGGACAUAAGCAACUUAGCAGUGGACUUUGCAGUGGUUUGGAAUGGGAACUUUGUUAUUGACAACCCGGAGGAUCUGAAAGUGCACCUCUACAAGUGUGCAGCCCAGCGGGAGAGCUGCGGGCUCUGCCUCAAGGCCGACCCCAAGUUUGAGUGCGGCUGGUGCAGCGGCGAGGGCAGGUGCGCCCUGCGGCCGCACUGCGGUGCCCAGCCCUGGCUGCACUGGGCCGGCCACAACGUCAAGUGCUCCAACCCACGCAUCACCGAGAUCCUGACAGUGUCAGGCCCCCCGGAAGGAGGGACAAGGGUGACCAUCCGUGGUGUGAACCUGGGCCUGGAUUUCUCCGAGAUCGCCCAGGGGGUGCAGGUGGCUGGGGUGCAGUGCACACCCCUGCCCGAGCAGUACGUCGUCGCAGAACAGAUCGUCUGUGAAAUGGGGCAGGCGCUUCCAGGGAUCAGCUCUGGCCCAGUGCUCCUGUGCAUCGGAGAGUGCAAGCCGGAGUUCACAGCCAAGUCCACGCAGCAGUACAUGUUUGUGACUCCAGUGGUGACUUUCCUGAACCCCAGCCGUGGUCCAGAGUCAGGAGGGACGAUGGUGACCAUCUCUGGGCACUACCUGGGAGCUGGCAGCCACGUGUCUGUGCUCCUAGGGAACCAGACCUGCGAGUUCUAUGGGAGAUCCAUGAACGAGAUUGUCUGUGUGUCAGCCCCGUCAGCCCACGGCCUGGGGGCUGUGCACGUCUCUGUCAGUGUGGACCGGGCUCAGCUGGAGCAGACCUUGCUGUUUGAAUACAUCGAUGAUCCCAAGGUGCAGCACAUUGAACCCGAGUGGAGCAUCACCAGUGGCUACACACCUCUGACUGUCACUGGCUCCAACCUGGACGUGAUCCAGGAGCCCAGGAUCCGUGUCAAGUACAACGGCAAGGAGUUUGUCAAUGUCUGCAAGGCAGUGAACGCCACGGCGCUGGCCUGCCUGGCACCUCCCCUCGCCCCCCAGUACCGGCCCGGCCUGGACGCCGUCGAGCGGCCCGACGAGUUUGGGUUUAUCUUUAACAACGUCCAGUCCCUGCUGGUCUACAAUGACACCAAGUUCAUCUACUACCCCAACCCAACGUUUGAACUCCUGAGCCCAACUGGGGUCCUGGAGCAGAAGCCAGGGUCACCCAUUAUCCUGAAGGGCAGAAACCUGUGCCCACCCGCUCCGGGAGGAGCAAAGCUCAACUACACUGUGCUGAUUGGAGAGACGCCCUGUGCUGUCACCGUCUCCGAGACCCAGUUGCUGUGUGAGCCCCCAAACCUCACUGGACAGCACAAAGUGAUGGUGCGUGUUGGUGGUAUCAUCUACUCCCCUGGCUCGGUGAACAUCGUCUCGGACAGCCUGCUGACCCUGCCAGCCAUCGUCAGCAUCGCGGCCGGGGGCAGCCUGCUCCUCAUCAUCGUCAUCAUCGUCCUCAUCGCCUACAAGCGCAAGUCCCGGGAGAACGACCUGACCCUCAAGAGGCUGCAGAUGCAGAUGGACAACCUGGAGUCCCGGGUGGCCCUGGAGUGCAAGGAGGCUUUUGCAGAGCUGCAGACAGACAUCAAUGAAUUAACCAGUGACCUGGAUCGCUCUGGGAUCCCGUACCUCGACUACCGGACGUACGCCAUGAGGGUUCUUUUCCCUGGCAUCGAGGACCACCCUGUUCUGCGGGAGCUGGAGGUCCAAGGGAAUGGGCAGCAGAGUGUGGAGAAGGCCUUGAAGCUCUUUGCUCAGCUGAUCAACAACAAAGUUUUCCUGCUGACCUUCAUCCGCACCUUGGAGCUGCAGCGCAGCUUCUCCAUGCGUGACCGUGGCAACGUGGCCUCACUCAUCAUGACUGGCCUGCAAGGGAAGCUGGAGUAUGCCACUGAUGUGCUGAAGCAGCUGCUCUCUGACCUCAUUGAGAAGAACCUGGAGAACAAGAACCACCCCAAACUGCUCUUGCGCAGGACUGAGUCGGUGGCCGAGAAGAUGCUGACUAACUGGUUUGCCUUCCUCCUCCACAAGUUCCUCAAGGAAUGUGCUGGAGAGCCACUCUUCAUGCUCUACUGUGCCAUCAAGCAGCAGAUGGAGAAAGGUCCCAUUGAUGCCAUCACAGGAGAAGCCCGUUACUCCCUCAGUGAGGACAAGCUGAUCCGGCAGCAAAUUGAGUACAAGACUCUGAUCCUGAACUGUGUGAACCCAGAUAACGAGAACAGCCCAGAGAUCCCUGUGAAAGUGCUGAACUGUGACACCAUCACUCAAGUCAAAGAGAAGAUCCUCGAUGCAGUAUACAAAAAUGUCCCAUAUUCUCAAAGACCAAGAGCUGUUGACAUGGAUUUGGAGUGGCGGCAGGGCCGGAUUGCUCGUGUGGUCCUGCAGGAUGAAGACAUCACCACCAAGAUUGAAGGAGACUGGAAGCGCCUGAACACUUUGAUGCAUUAUCAGGUAUCAGACCGCUCGGUGGUGGCUCUGGUUCCCAAACAAACCUCCUCCUACAACAUCCCUGCCUCUGCCAGCAUAUCCCGGACAUCCAUUAGUAGAUAUGACUCCACCUUCCGCUACACGGGCAGCCCCGACAGCCUGCGCUCCCGGGCCCCCAUGAUCACCCCCGACCUGGAGAGUGGGGUCAAGGUCUGGCACCUGGUCAAAAACCACGACCAUGGAGACCAGAAGGAAGGAGACCGGGGCAGUAAGAUGGUGUCUGAGAUCUACCUGACCAGGCUAUUAGCUACAAAGGAAUCCACCUGCACCCUGGGGGAUGGUGUGGCCAUGAUGAUCCAGCAGCAUCCCAAGGGGUGGUGUAGCCAUGAUGAUCCAGCAGCAUCCCAAGGGAUGGUGUAGCCAUGAUGAUCCAGCAGCAUCCCAAGGGAUGGUGUAGCCAUGAUGAUCCAGCAGCAUCCCAAGGGAUGGUGUGGCCACGGCCAUGCCCAGCUGGUGUGUUGCUGGUUCCACAGGUACCACUGAGCAGAAGUGUCCACCCUCCCUGCUGGGCAGAGCUGGGGUGAAGCCUCCCAGGUCUGGUUUUGGGGUGGUUUCUGGCAGCUGCCCUGCACUCUUGCAGUAAAAACCAAGCCCCCAAUGUUUACAGUGAGCAAUACUUGAAAAGUCUGGGCACAGCAAGCUGGGCUGCUCAUUGCUGGUCUGUUUGCCUCACAGGGCCAAUCUGCACAGGCUCCCUCUGAGUUCCUCUGCCAGCCUUCAUGGUGCUGCCCAGGGCCAGGAUUUAUGUUUCCACCGGGAAGAGGAAAAAUCUUUGCUCUAGACAAGGGGAAACCCAGCUGCCCCUGGCCAGCACUGCUGUCAUGUCUCUGUCCCAAUGUCUCCUUGUGAUAUUCAGUUCCUCGCUGGUCCCGACGGCGUGAGCUCUCGUGGCCAGUGACAGGCAAGUGUUUGUGAGUGUUAUUUCUUUCAAAGACACCAAAGCUUGUGUGUGUCCCUUUGUAGAGUGCCAGGAGGGGUAGGAAUGCUGUAAAUAUUUAUCUCUGUAAUAAAUGCUGAUGAUUGUGCAGGCUGCAGUGGGGAGGAUAGGGUGAUUAGGGCUAAUGGAAAUACAAGUAUUGACUGCACGAGCUUGGCAGUGGCAGCAAAAUCGUUCCCAGCACCUGCUCAGCCCUGCCCAGGCAGUGCUGUGCUGGGUGGGAUCUUAGUUUGCAGCCAAAGUGUGUCAAAGGAAAAUCCAUUUUCCUGUUUUUUUUUCCUCCACCAUUCCCAGUGGAGCCGGGGAGGUCACUCCAGGCUCCCCAUGCAGCAGGAGAGCUGCAAGCUACUGGUCUCAAGGUGCAGUUCGAGGGGAGCCAGCAAUGGGCUGGGGGAAAAGCAUGUGGAGAAAUACUCAGGAAGCUUGCAGGUUUAAUUACUGUUCAGUAAAAGCCAUGCCAAGCCCACUUUAUUUUGGUAAUCCACUUUUGUGAGUUUCUCUGGGCCCUAGUAAUACUGUGGAUAGAAAUAUUAAUGAUCAACCUUGGGCAAUAAGCUCUUGACAUUGACGUUGACACCAGCCUGAGCUUUGUAAUGGGAGGGCUGGGAUUCACGGAGACACAGAGAGGCUGAGGAGCAGAGCAGGAUCCAUACUGCCUGUUAGUGGGAGUUUUCCUCCCCAGGGAUCCUCCUCCUGCACAGGGAAUCUGAUUGAUUCCCAUGAAAUGUGAAAUGUCCAUGUUCCUCUAUUAAAGCCUGGUGAAGUUGUUAUUGCAGCAGCUGUUGCCAACCUGUCCUGUUCUCUGCUGGGAUUUUACAGGGGAUUGUGGAGUGUCAGACCCUCCAGGUCUCAUUUUUUCCUGGUUUCUGCUCUUGCUGUUCCCAGUGAUCUGACAUGUAUCUUGUGUGUGUGAUUUUCAGGUCUAGUGUUCUAGUUAUAGUCCUUGUUUUGGGUAUUCAUAUUCAGAUCAUUCACCAAAUUCUUAUGGUACUCUGAAACCCAACAGAAGCACUCCUGAUGCUUUCCAAACACUGCUAAAAUCUUAGUCUGAGCAGAUAUUUCUGCAGGAUUCACAAAAUGUGAAUAAUGCCCAAAGCAAAGACUUGGCUUUUCAUCACCUUGGUGGUGGUGGAAUUGUGCUUGCCCUUCAGCCUGAGUUGGUCUUUUUUCCUUCCCAUCUAUUUGCGAGGCUUUAGUGUAGCUGCUUUUCAGCCCACUUUCCUCCUCCCUGUCCCUUAGCAGCCUCUGCCCUGGCAGGAGCCUGAGGGAAGGACCAUAAACUGGGAUUAUACUGAAAGGUAAAGUUGAGGAGAAAAAAGAAGAAGAAUUGCAGAGCCCAGAGGGACUGGUUUGUGAGCAAGAGAGAACCCAAGGUGUCCAAGCUGGCUGAACACAGGGUCUGUAUUCCAUGAAUACACCAGAGCACUGGGGAGAAAGAGGGACAACUGAGUUUAUGUUCUGUGCUGUGGAAGGAAGUUGAGAGAGGAGGAAAGGGAAAGCAGCAGGAGCACUGUGCAAAGCAGAAAGCUAUUACACUUUUGAAUGACUUCAAGGGAAGCAGCAGAAACAUCUCUUCCAUAACCUGAGAAGGCAUUAGGGGGAGGGCAUGAGGAACAUGGUGCUGACCUGUAAAUAAUCUGCCUGGUGUCUGCUUGUGGUGAUGGACAUGAAUUAUGGAUAUUUAUGAGCAAUUAUAUGGAAAGAAGCAACAUAAGCCCUUGGGGCAAAGUGCUUGUAAUCUAUUGUCCUGUGUGAUCUGACUUUUCCAUAUUCCUUUGGGAAGAGGAAGUCUCAGCUCUUGAAAUGGCAUUUUCUUUGCACUGGCAGCAAACUGGACUUGAGGUUUGGUCAGGAGGGGGCAGUGACUUUGCCUUAGAUGAAAUGAUUUCACCUCCCUCUUGUUGCCCCCUUCCUCCUGCAAGGCCAGUUGGCAUUUUGACUCUCCAGUUCACUUUGUUUCAGGUAUUUUUGACAUCAAAGCAGGAGACACCAUUUCCAGGAUCUCUCUGCCUUGUGUCACUGCUUAAAUAAUUCCAUUUAAUCUUCUGCUCAUGAGCUAUCAAAGCACCCACUCCAAGGGGGAGCAAGGUGCUAAUCAAAUGCUUCUCCACCUUAAAAGCCUUUCUUAAAAACCCAUGUACAAGCCCUUAACUUACAGGCAAGCUUGUCUUGGCGUGAGCCCCGUGUGCAGUGCCACGACUCUGCAGCCACCAAAGUACAGAGGAUGUGGGCAUCGAGUGCUCCAUGUUUUGCCAUAAAGGAUGAAUUUAUGUUUAAAGGGAGGCAGGAGAGAUCCACAUGGCCAAGGGGCUGGCGCUGCUGCAGGAUCCAGCACGGACCAGCCCGAAGCUGCAUGAAUACCCAUCAUGGGAACCAGCACUGGGAAACCAAAUGGCUGCCAUGGCCUUGCUGCUGGUGAGCAGCAUCCUGGGCAGUGCUCCAAGGAGCUUUAUCCCCAGAGGAGACUGGACAUGGCUGUGCUGGAUGGUGAUGCCUCCCCCGCAGGGUCUUGUUCUGGGUCACAGUGGGGAUGGCGAGUGCAGCCACUUGACACGGUGGCAAGAGAGACCUUCAUCACAGCAGUGCCUUCAACACACUGUCUUAAAGUCCUGAUGGCCCGACCCCACCUGAGUUCUCUCUCCUACCUUCAACUGGACUUCACCAAAAAUGUCAUAAUGUCGGGAACCAUUUGGGCUGGCAUGUGGAGGACAAAAGCAAGAGCCCAGCCACAGCCUCACCUGUCACUGGCUCUUCUCCAUCCAGUUCCCAGCGCUGUCAGAGCUCACCUGCCAUGGGGACACUGCUCACCAAACUAAAUGAGCCUAAAAUUGACUGACUUGGAUAAGCUGGGAUAUCAGGGAAAGCUCACAAGUGACUGUGCCCUGGAGAGAAGAAAAAACAUUCCAAGAAGGAUAAAUAACUGACAUCAAAGAUGCAUUGAAAUGCUACAAAGCUUCAGCCAUCUGAGUUCAGAAUUGCAUUUCUAGCCAAUAAAGCAGGGACCUGUGACCUUGUGCAUAGUUGGGCACUUGGCAGAGGUAGGGGAGCAGUCCCAUCUGGUUAGUGAACGUGUCCCCAGUGAAAACUCCUGCAUCACCCCAGCCUCCCCCAGCCUUCACCAAAACCAGUGGGUCAGGCAAAGCACUGGUGACAGCUACAAGGCCACCCAGUGCCUGAGUGGACAGGAUGCUUAUGAUUUUGUUUGGUUUUCUUGUUGUUGUUUAAUGAGAUGUUUGGUGGGGAAAUAACCAGAGUAGAAGAUGCUGGUGUGCAGCACGGAGAAGGUGCCGUUCAGGACCCGCUGAGCUGAGCAGCCCUGAAUGUGCAACGUAAACCUAGAUCAGUCAGAUUCAUUUUGCAGAAGAAAAUGGGAGACUUUGAGCUGCUUUUUGUCACCCGGGGGGUGGGAGGUGGGAGAAGGCAGCGGGGCAGGAUGGGGCAGCAGAGACUGGCUGCUCUCCCACUGGAGAAGUAGCUCCUGGUCCCACCAGGAGCAGCUCAGCCGAAGAGGUUCUGGCCAUGCUGUGAGCACAGGGUUGUCUGUGUGUGUGUUCUUCCAGAUCCCCUUUGCCCCCACCUUACCCAUUCCUCUCCUUUCUUUGUAAAACUGGAAUAUAAUACUGAAAACAUAGACUUGGAGUAUGUAAGAACGUGCUUAAAAGACCUGCAGGGUCCAUCCAAUUGCAUGGACAAUAUCCCAAACUCUCUGGGCCUCCUGAGGCUGCCAGAUCAAAUAAGAAAUCUUCUGAAUGGCCUUUCCUUUGAGAUUUUUAAUACCUCUAUUUCAAACAAGCUUGGAAGUUUAUGCAACAGCUUCUCCAUCAGAUGUUUCCAUCUCAUGGACUGGGCAGCAGAAAGGUGCACCUGCACAGAAAGGAAAGGAUCUGAGGAGCCGAUUUUGCCACGUUAUUUCAUAGCUUCAGAAGAUGCUGCAGUAAAAUGUCCUUCUCUUAUUGAUGAGUGUUUCUGUGUUAAUGGCACUUCGGGGCCAUUACGAGAAGCAGUGGGAAGCAGCAAAGGGAAGGGAACGUACAGGUACUAAAUCUUCUGGAGUCCCCAAAAAUGUCACAGAAUGUAGGAACAGAUGCUGAUUCCUUCUUCCCCUCCUCAAAAUAAACACAUGCCAGUUUUAGGGGAUUUGUGUCUUGGCAGGAAUAACAAAUUGGUUUGUAUCCAUCCCCAUUCCACCAUAUCAUUCUCUGGCUCCUCCCCUCCCCAUUAUACUUGACACACUGGAGUUCUGUAUUUUUUUCUUUUUUUUAAGAUGAUUGUCUGUUUUUUGUUAUUUUUACAAGUGUUGUGGAAAAAAUGUAAGAAAGUUUAAGUAUUUAAAAAUGUUCCAAGGAAAAAAAGGGGGUUUUGUUAUUAUUCUAAUAUAUUAUUGUGUACCUAUUGUAAAUAUGAAACACUCCUAUUUUGCAAGCCAAGGACUCACUUUGUACUGUUGUUAUAUAUAAAUAAAGUUUACUGGUUAAAAAAGCC